CGCCGUCGACGCUAUCGCAGCGGGGUGGAAAAAUGGACCAAGAUGGUCGCGAUCAGACGCAAUUAGGUGAAGGAAAGCUCGCGAAGACGGCGAGUGACGACGUAGAGAGUCAGCUGCGACGAAGUGGCAGAGUCCCGAAUGCCCGUCCACCGUGAUCGUCGUCGUCAUCGCGCGAGACCUGGCGAGAAUGUCGUGUCGCGAUCCCGACAAUCUGAUGGUGAGCACGAGCGACGAUGACGAGAGGUUCGACUACCUGUUCAAGAUCGUCCUGAUCGGUGACUGUGGCACGGGCAAGACCUGCGUGGUCCAGCGCUUCAGGUCCGGCACAUUCGUCGAACGCCAUGGCAACACCAUCGGGGUCGACUUCACCAUGAAGACCGUGCUCAUAGACGGCAAGAGAGUCAAGCUACAAAUUUGGGAUACUGCGGGACAAGAAAGAUUCCGAACGAUAACUCAAAGUUACUAUAGAUGUGCAAAUGGGGUAAUUGUAGUUUACGAUAUUACAAAACGAUCAACAUUUUUAAGUUUGCAACGUUGGGUGGAAGAAGUCCGGAGAUAUUCGUCUUCACAUGUACUAUUAGUGUUAGUUGGUAACAAGUGUGACUUAGAAGAUCUGCGGGAAGUGGAGAAGGCAGAGGCCGAAGCUUUAUGUGAAUAUCUGCCUGAAGUUGUACACGUAGUGGAGACCUCAGCCAAAGAUAAUACAAAUAUAGAUUCCAUAUUUUUCUAUCUGGCAUCUGAACUUAAGAGACGACACGAUAACCGUCAGAUUAGCGCGAGCGAGAACGAUGUAGUGAAACUCGGUGCCGGACGAGAUCUGUCUUCUUGUUCAGGCUGUUCAGGCUACAAAAUAUUUUGAACCGUUCAUAUUUUUUUUCCAUCGACGCGCAUUGUUUCUGAAUGACAGAUAUUCAUGAAAUAACAUACGUCCUAGUGAUAAAAUAAAAGGUAGUUAACAAACGAAUAAUUAUCUGUUGAUAAAUUCUGUUACAAUAUAAAUUUUACUUUGUUUUUAAAAUAGAAACUAAAAAAUUAGGAAUCAGAAUAUAAAAAAAGAUAGUUUACAUAUAGAAAAUAUUAGUGUAGACUUCUUAGAAAAAUUUCACUGCCUUUUAUUUUAUUUAUAGCUAUACACAAUAAAUUAAUAUAUUUCCAGAAACUAGAACAAUCAAUGUCAUUCUAUCAAUAUAAAAGAAAGAAAGUUUAUAUACAAUAUAUGCCAAAUUUUCAAGAUAUUCUAUUUUUAUUUGCAUGGAAUAGAAUGGACAUUGGCUCUUCUAGUCUCAAAGGAUACGAAUCUCACGAUAAAGAUAUAACUCUUAAAAUAUAAGGUGGCUCAUUUUUGCUCUAGAAACUCAUUGUUCCAACAACAGCACGUUUGUAUAUUUUUAUAUUUAAUUUAACAAACACAGGUACAAAUUUAUAUACACGCACAUACAUACUGAUACUUUACAAAUACUGUGGCGACCUGAAGGAAUCCUAGAUAUCCUUGUGCCUUAAAAAUUCGUAGUGAACGUCACCUGUUAUCGUAUAAUGAGCGGAUAGAUAUACGCGAAAUGCAAUCGAGAAGAUUAUGGGAGAUUUAAAUUGUGAGUGGUGACUCAAUUCUUUUCUUUAUUUAUUUUAUUUAUUUAUACGCGUGAAUGUGUGUUAUGACGAAUGCGAAGAUUUAACUUCUCGGUCGCCGAGCACCCGUUCGAAUUACGAGGCUGUAAAUAUUAAUCCUUAGUCGCAUUCUCAGUUCGUGUUUCACGCUGAGAGGUAGUUGUCUCAUUCUCAGCCUUUGAUCAAUUUAAAUGAUGCACUUGGCGCUAAAAGCGCAUUGAGAAUGCAGAUAUAGAAUACGUCUCGGACGCAAUUAUGUUAUAAAUGAACGAACAAAUAUAACGAAUCUCUAAUAACAAUAUUUUUAUACAAACCACUGUACAAUAAUUUUUCAAAAUAUUUAUAUAUAUUGCACAUAAGAGAAUGUGCGUAUUAUAAUACUCGUUGCUAAUCAGAAUUAUUAUUUUAUAUAUAAAAGUAAUUUCGAUGUACGUAAUCCAGGAGGAUGUAAAUCUCCAUUAUCUUAUGCGUAAACAUUGCCAAAAACGUACGAAAAGUGUUCUCACAAUUUAAGAUCUUUAUUAAUUUGCAUAAAUGUGUAUGUAUCUCUUUCUCUCAUUGUGUAGGUCCUAUGACAUAAAAAUAUUUCUCUAAAACACAACAAGCAUUCUUUCAUUGCACUGUUAAUUAGAUAAAAUUAUCAUUUGAAUUAUGUGCGAAAAAAGAAUAUUGUGUAAAAUAUAAAUUUAUAUCAUAUCUUAAUAUUAUAAUUUUGCGCUGAAAUAAUAUACGAAGUAAUGGUGUAAAGAGAACAGUCAUACGAAAUAUAAUUAAAACUCUAUUGUAUUACAUAUAAAUGAUACAACUGGAAAAUAUAUUUUUUAU